AUUAUCUUCAUUUCAUCUGCAUAGCCUUUUUAUAUAUACCAACUCAAUGGCACCAAAUCCAAACGCAACGCCUGAUACCAGGCCAGUUUUCUUCUUUGAUAUAGAUAAUUGUCUCUAUUCCAGAUCCUGCAAUGUAUUGGAGGCAAUGCAGAAAUUGAUCCGCCAAUUCUUCGUCACCCAUCUUUCCAUCAGUGCUGAAGAAGCCCAUGACCUCCAUCGACGAUACUACCGAGAAUACGGCUUUGCAAUCGAAGGCCUCUCUCGCCACCACAAGAUCGAUCCCCUCGUCUUCAAUCGCGAAGUCGACGAUGCGCUGCCAUUAGAUGACAUCUUAAAACCAGACCAGAAGUUGCGAAAAUUACUCGAAAGCUUCGACACGACAAAAGUCAAGCUAUGGCUUCUUACCAAUGCCUACGUGACCCAUGCAAAGCGUGUGAUAACAAUACUGCAAAUCGAGGACUUAUUCGAGGGUAUUACUUAUUGCGACUAUGGCCAGCUCCCACUUGUCUGCAAACCAUCGGCUGAGAUGUAUGAGAAGGCGGAAAUGGAAGCGGGGGCGCUGUCUACGGAGCAGUGUUAUUUUAUCGAUGACUCCUUUUUGAACUGCAAACAUGCUUCAGUUCGUGGCUGGAGGACCGUCCACUUCGUGGAGUCUAUGGUUCCUGCACCUCAAGUGCCAGCAUCGGAAUAUGCGAUACAGGAUUUGGAUGAACUGAGGACCUUGUUCCCUGAGUUGUUCAAAGAUGCUGCAUGAUACACACGAGGAUCACCUUUGAUAGAAAAUCUAUGCAGACAUACAGCAUAUUAAUAUACACCAUCAUUACUUGUACUCAAAUUACACCAUUAUCUCAAUUAGAAAAGACCCCU